GUAAACAAAAAAGGUGAUAGUUCGGCUUAUGGAACAGAAAUUUUGUUACUCACAGAUGGAGAAGAUUCAACAUUUGAUACUAAGAUUUGCUUUCAGAGUAUUAUAGACAGUGGAGUUAUUGUCCAUUCCAUAGCUCUAGGACCCUCUGCAUCAAAAGCUCUUGAAGAUAUUUCUAAUAUUACAGGUGGAAUAGUUUAUACAGCAACAGACACGGUAGAUGCCAAUGGUUUGAUUAAUGCCUUCAGUGGACUACAGUCUGGAAGUGGAAAUGUCACUCAGCAGGUCAUUCAGCUGGAGAGUUCUGCAUCCUCCCUUGCACCAUAUACCUGUAUCAAUGGCACCAUUGUUAUUGACAGCACCGUGGGUUUUCAAACAGUCUUUACUGUAACAUGGCAAAACUUAGUACCAAGAAUUAAUAUACAAGGCCCAAAUGGGAUUGUGUACAGUGCUACAAACUUCUCGAAUAACACAGUUUCCAAGUUAUCAAGCUUUGAGAUCCCAGGAAAAGCUCAGAAUGGACCUUGGCAGUACAGGAUUUGUAAUUUGAAUACAGCAGCUGAAGCAAUAGCAAUUGUCGUGAACUCUAAGGCAGCAGAAAAUAGUAUACCGCCAGUUACUGUUGAGGCUCAUAUGAAUAGUGGACAAGGCAAAUACCCCAGUCCAAUGGUCAUAUAUGCAUCGGUCAGUCAAGGGCUAGUACCUGUGAUGGGGGCCAGUGUUACAGCUCUUAUUGAAGAUAAGAAUGGAAAGACAACGGCUUUAGAGCUUUUGGACAAUGGUUCAGGCGCUGAUGUUGUUAAAAAUGAUGGCGUCUACUCAAGAUUUUUCAUUGCUUACACUCAAAAUGGAAGAUACAGCUUAAGUGUGCGUGUAGCCGGGAAAGACAGCAGUCUCUCGACUCUCCGUUUAAAUCGCGCUCUAUAUGUUCCUGGUUAUGUAGAGAAUGAUACAAUUAUCAUGAAUCCUCCCAAUCCAAUGGAGAAUAUUACUAUUCAGGUUAACGUAGGAGACUUUAGCAGGGUAUCUUCAGGUGGUUCUUUUGUGGUAUCUGACAUCCCUGCCGAUACCAACCAAGAUGUCUUUAAACCUGCAAAGAUAACUGACUUGGAAGCUAGCAUAAAUAAUGAUACCGUGAUAAUAUCCUGGACAGCUACUGGAGACGAUAUGGACCAGGGAACGGCCUCAAGAUAUGACCUGAGAAUGAGUAAAGAUCCCAGUGCUCUCCUGGACAGCUUUAACACCUCUACUCCAGUGAAUAUUUCCAGCAUCACACCUCAGCCAUUCGGAACCACAGAAACAUUUACCUUCAUUCCAGAAAAUAUUGUGAUAGAGAAUGGCACAAUCCUGUACUUUGCCAUAAUAGCAAUAGAUGAAGCCUCUCAGGCAUCAGAUACAUCCAACAUAGCGCAGGCAUCCUUCAUCAUACCUGAAAUACCAACUGCCACAACAGCGGGAUACACGUCUACUACUACUCAAUCAUCCACUCAUUGUACUAACGAUGGUCCAAUUUGUGAUUGGUGGUGGUGGUGUCCAAAUAGCUCAAGUAAAUCAGAAUUCUCCAUUUUGGUUUUGUUAAGUGCAGGUUUAGUAUUGUUUGAGUUAGAUUGGUUGUUUUUGUUGGGCAUUUAA